AUGGAGAUGAUUAUUCCAGUAGUCGUUAAUGAUCUCGUGAGCCGUCUAGUCUCCAAACUAGUCCACACAUACCAAGAGCGGGAGAAUGUUGGGCAGAAGCUCAGGAAGCUACACCUGAUGCUGCUCAAGAUCCAUGCUUCCGUCGACGAGGCGGAGCAACGGUUCAUCACGAACCAGCCGAUCCUGCUGCAGCUCAAGGUGUUCAGAGAAGCCAUGUGCCAAGGCUACUACUUGCUCGACGCGUUCGAGAGCAGAGCUGCGGAGGCAGAGGGCGAUCGGGAUGAGGUGAGGAAUCUCUACUCCAUUUCCUCGUUCAACCCUCGCAAACGCAUACGGAGGAUGUCCAGCGUUUUAAGGAGCGUGCUCCUAGGAGACAAGGACAUGAGCAAGCUGCAGGAGAUGAUCUGCUUGUUGGAAGACGUCGAUGCAAAUGUGCUAGCGUUCAACACGCUUGUGAGCGGCUAUCCUCUUCGGCCUCGUCGGCGGCCUUAUGACACCUAUCUGGACAUCAGCAAUUGUCUCUUUGGUCGCCAUGCCGAGAAGGAACACAUUAUCAGUUUUCUGCUUGAGCAAGACGAUGAUGACAGUACUGAUGCUCAAGCCUUGAGUGUUCUACCCAUCAUAGGCCACCAUAGGUCCGGCAAGAAAACCCUCAUGGAGAAUGUUUGCAAAGACGAGAGGGUGCGCGGCCACUUCUCCUGGAUUUCCCUCCUGGAUGGAGAUGAUUUGGAGGGUGAGAUGCUUGAAGCAGCGAUUGUGUCCAGGGGGGAAGAAGGGAUGCUGAUCUCAAACCAUGAUUUGCAGCUAAAGAGAUGCUUAUUUAUCAUCGAGUUCGCCUUAAGCGUGGACCAGGAAUCAUGGGGCGUGUUCUAUCGUCGAGCCAGCAACCUCAUGAAGGGAUCGGGCAGCAAGAUUGUGAUAAUUAGUUCCCUGAGAGAGGCUGAAAAAUUGGGCACAGCGAAUCCCAUGAUUCUCAGGAACCUAGAACCUGAGCAGUUCUGGUAUUUCUUCAAAGCUGUUGCCUUUGGCAGCACAGACCCAAAGGAACACCCAAGGCUACUCUCUAUAGGAAUGCAGAUAAAUGCUGCCAUCGAUGGAGGUUUCGCUCGCGCCCAAUGGUACGGAGGUGUUCUAAGGGAAAACCUUGACGUUCACACUUGGUCUCUUCUCUUGAGCUUCGCGAAAAAGGCGCAAAAGGGAGAUGCACACUAUGGACCCCGUUACAAGGCCGUUUCUCUCUACACGGUUGGUGGUACUGAAGCGAGUCAUUCGUGCGUCUUCAGAAGAAGUCGUAUGGAUGUUGUCAAUGGGAAGCUGCCUGAACUGACAGUCCAUGAUGUUAUGAGCCUUGGGCGCCGUCCAAAGGUAGCGCCCACUGGUAAGAAAUUUGAUGCACUUGUGUGGAGAUCUGUCCUCCCACCGUACCGUGUUUAUGUGAAAACUUAUGCAAUGCUAGAUGAAUCAGUUGAAAGAAAGGUACCAUUUGCGUCCAAUGAAACAUUGGAUGAUAUGGACGACAAACUACUGAGAGUGUAUUAA